GACGUAGCCGGAAGCGGCGGUGACGCUGGCGGCGCGGCGGGGCCGGGCGCGCGCGAUGGACGAGACGAGCCCGCUGGUGUCCCCGGAGCGGGCGCAGGCCCCGGACUACGGGCUGCCCGGGGGUGCCGUGCGUGCCCCCCCGCCUGCCGCCCCCCAGCCGCCGCCGCCCUCUCCUCCCGCCUCCCCCGGCGGCCGCGACCGCGAGCGGCAGCCGCUGCUGGAGCGGGGGGCGCGGGGCCCGGCGGCGGCGCAGGCCCAGGCGCAGGCCCAGGCGGCGGCGCAGGCCCAGGCCCAGGCGGCCGCAGCGGCGCAGCGGGAGCGGAACGACUUCCCCGAGGACCCUGAGUUCGCCGACGUGGUGCGGCGGGCGGAGCUGGCCAGCGAGCGCGGCAUCUUCCCCGAGCGCAUCUCGCAGGGCUCCAGCGGCAGCUACUUCGUCAAGGACCCGCAGGGGAAAAUCAUUGGUGUCUUCAAGCCCAAGAAUGAGGAGCCUUAUGGGCAGCUGAACCCCAAGUGGACCAAGUGGCUGCAGAAGUUGUGCUGCCCGUGCUGCUUUGGGAGAGACUGCCUUGUCCUCAACCAGGGAUACUUGUCAGAGGCAGGUGCCAGCCUGGUGGACCAAAAACUGGAACUCAACAUUGUUCCCCGCACAAAGGUGGUUUAUCUGGCCAGCGAGACCUUUAACUACAGUGCCAUCGACAGGGUGAAGUCCCGAGGAAAGAGGCUGGCCCUGGAGAAGGUGCCCAAAGUCGGCCAGCGCUUCAACCGCAUCGGCCUGCCGCCCAAGGUGGGCUCCUUCCAGCUUUUUGUGGAAGGCUACAAGGACGCUGACUACUGGCUGCGGCGGUUCGAAGCUGAGCCGCUCCCGGAGAACACCAACCGGCAGCUGCUGCUGCAGUUUGAGCGGCUGGUGGUGCUGGACUACAUCAUCAGGAACACAGAUCGGGGCAAUGACAACUGGCUCAUCAAGUACGACUGUCCCCUGGACAGUGCGGGCGUGCGGGACAGCGACUGGGUGGUUGUGAAGGAGCCCAUCAUCAAGCUGGCUGCUAUAGACAACGGUUUGGCCUUUCCCUUGAAACACCCAGACUCCUGGAGAGCAUAUCCAUUCUACUGGGCAUGGCUGCCUCAGGCCAAAAUCCCAUUUUCACAGGAGAUCAAGGACCUGAUUCUUCCCAAGAUCUCGGACCCCAACUUUGUCAAGGACCUGGAGGAAGAUCUGUAUGAGCUCUUCAAGAAAGACCCUGGCUUUGACAGGGGGCAGUUUCACAAGCAGAUUGCUGUCAUGAGAGGCCAGAUCCUGAACCUGACUCAGGCACUGAAAGAUGGGAAGAGCCCCCUGCACCUUGUUCAGAUGCCACCUGUGAUUGUGGAGACGGCGCGUUCCCACCAGCGCACUGCCAGCGAGUCCUACACACAGAGCUUCCAGAGCCGCAAGCCUUUCUUCUCAUGGUGGUAGCUGUGGGAGCCACGGGCAGGGCUUGACCACCUCGGACUAGCACUGUGAGAGGAGCUGGGCCACCACUGGCUCCUGUGGCUGGGACUCAACCUUCUGGGUAGAGCGAGCAGGUGCGGUUGGAGGAACCUGCAGCCGAACUGGAGGAGCCAGGCAGGUUGGGCACAGUCUCCCCCCAGCUCUGUUGGAGUUCAGUGCCCUGCCUGGGGCAGAGCCCAGGGCGAGGUGUGGGAAUCCACUAGGACCCGUGGUUGGCUGGGACCCUGCCCCUGCCUCCCUUCCUCAGCCUGCAUGUGGUUCUGAGCACCCUUGCUUGGGGCUGGGAUGAGCAGGCUGCUCAGACCAGGAUCCGUCCAGCCCUUUAUACAAACCACUGGCCCUUUUCACCCCCACCAUGCUAGCUGCUAGGAAGGCCUGCAGAGGGUUAUACCCCCUCCCUUUCCCUAAGGGUGUGCUGUACUCCUCCACUGUCUCUCCUCUGCCCCAACCCUGUGCACACUGCUUUCCUCAGGGGGAGUUCCUGCUGCCCACUGGCACAGCAGGGACCACAAUGAACGGCUGUCCUCUGGCUGGGGGCUCGAGGAGUGGAUAUGUGAGGGAUGACUCAUGGGGCUGGCUUGGGUGCAGUUAGACACUAAGGGGCUCAUCCUUGUAAAGAGCAGGUGGCUCUGGGAGGAGCUGAAGCUUAGUGCCCACUCCCCUCUGGGGCAACCCCCUAGCUGGAGAGGGCUGAGGGUGGAUGAGAGCAUCCUCUUCCCCUCUGCUGUCCAAAUCCACCCCUCCUGCUGGGUCUCUACAGCUGCUCUUGCUUGGCUUUUGCCCCUGCUCCCAGCAAGCUCUCCGGCUGCUGUGCAGCCAGCAUGGUGCCAGCCCUGUUUGUGCCUCAAGGGGCAGGGGUCUGCCAGGGAAGGGGUGGGAGGCACGAUGGGAGCACAGAGGGGGGAGGCAGCAUGGGCUCCUUGCUGCCCUAGUGCUGACAAUCUCGCAGGCCUGCUGUGGGUGGGUGAGGCAGUGAGUUCCCCUUUCCCCAGAAGUUGCUGAGCUUGUGUUGUACGAAACGGUUCCAGGGCUCCUGCCUGCAUCUGCUUGCCUUGAGCUGUGGCUUCUCCUGCUGCAGGGGGAAGGUGGUGAUGGGUCUUGCUUUCUUGUUAGCCCAUCUUUGGGGGUUGGGGGGAAGGAACAAAGGUGGGUUGGGGCUCUGCUGCUUGAGCCUGGGAGGGGGGAACAGUUCCUUUAUCUCCUGUGCAGGGAUGGGGCUCUGCACGGGGGGGGCAGCAAGGAGCCCCCCAGCUCCCCAGCCAGGCUCAGAUCCAUCUCUGACUGACCCAAAAUGUAUUGUUCUAAUGCACUGUAGAAAUGUAUGUAAUGUAUUUAAACCAUGCAACUGUCAUAAUAACAGAGCUGCCCUUCA